AUGAGCCCAUCCACAACAACAGACACACCAAAGCACGUCCCCUCCAGCCAGCGCUGCGAGCCCGGCUCCAUCAACGUGCCCAUUGCAAAAUGGCCCAAGACCGCCACCGACGGUCCCAUUGACGCCCUGGCCGUGGCCAAGGACAUCUUCUCAAGCUUCAACAGCAACCUCGCCAAGUUGCCCUCCCAACAGGCCGCUAGCGACAUCAUAUCUCUGUUUCGGGACGAGGGCUGCUACUGGCGCGACCACCUCGCCCUGUCGUGGGACCUGCGCACCCUCAAGAACCGCGACAAGAUCGCUGCCUUCCUGGCGGACAAUGCAAGUCUCGAGGAGGUUGCUGUUGACACUUCAACCGAGUUCCGGUCGCCUAAAGUUGGGGCUUUCAACCCAGAGCAGACGGUCAAGGGCAUCGUGGUCUAUCUCACUCUCUCUACGCGGCUGGGACGGGGACGUGGAUUAGCGAAGCUGGCCCAGGACGGCGGUGGUGGCUGGAAGAUCUGGACGCUGUUUACGGGUCUGGAGGAGCUCAAGGGGUUUGAGGAACCUGUUGGGCGGCGGCGGCCUACUGGUGUGGCACAUGGAUAUCACCGUGGGCGGAAGAACUGGCUUGAUAGGAGGCGGGAGGAGGAGGAUUUUGUCAAUGGUGACCCUGAUGUUCUCAUUUUGGGUGCUGGUCAGGCUGGGCUCACAGCCCAUGCCAGGCUGAAGAUGCUCAACGUUCCUACGCUGAUCGUGGAUGCGAACGCUUCAGUCGGCGAUAAUUGGCGGCAGCGAUACCACCAGCUCGUUCUCCACGACCCAGUAUGGUACGACCACAUGCCAUACAUUCCCUUCCCCGACUCGUGGCCCAUCUUCACGCCCAAGGACAAGCUAGGUGACUUUUUCGAGUCGUACGCAAAGCUGCUCGAGCUGAAUGUGUGGACCCGGUCGACAGUCGAGGCGGCCUCGUGGGACGAGCGCGAGAAACGCUGGACCAUCACGGUCAAGCGCACAGUCACAGACGGCCAGGGCGGCGAGGAAACGCACACACGCACCCUCCGCCCCAAGCACAUCAUCCAGUCCACCGGGCACUCCGGAAAACCCAACCUCCCCGCCAUCCCCGGCAUCGAGACGUUCCAGGGCGACUUUCUAGGUCACAGCUCAGCCUUCCCCGGCGCCCGCCCCGACGGAGCAGGCAGAAAGGCCGUCGUGAUCGGAGCGUGCAACUCUGCCCACGACAUUUGCCAGGACUACCACGAAAAGGGCUACGCCGUCACCAUGGUGCAGCGCUCGUCCACCUGCGUGGUCUCGAGCAGUUCCAUCUGCCGCAUCAGCCUGAAAGGGGACUACGAAGAAGGCGGGCCCCCGACAGAGGAUUCCGACCUGGCUGGGUGGGCCACGCCCGCAGAGGUGCUCAAGGCCGUGCACAGGGAAGUCUGCGCUGCACAGCAGGCCCACGAUGCGGAGACUCUCCAAGGCCUGCGCAAGGCCGGGUUCGCCGUGGAUAAAGGGCCGGACGAGUGUGGGUUGUAUCUCAAGUAUUUCCAGCGCGGAGGCGGGUACUACAUCGACGUUGGGGCCUCGCAGCUCAUUGCGGACGGGAGCAUCGCUGUCAAGCAGGGCCAGGAGGUUGUCGAGGUGCUGCCGCAUGGUUUGCGCUUUGCAGACGGGACGGAGCUUGAGGCGGACGAGAUUGUGUUUGCGACUGGCUAUCAAAAUAUGCGCACGCAGGCCCGGGCUAUCUUUGGAGAUGAGGUGGCGGACAAGCUCGGGGAUAUUUGGGGCUUUGAUGAGGAGGGUGAGUUUAGGGCGCUGUGGAGGAACUCGGGACAUCCUGGGUUUUGGUUUCAUGGAGGCAAUCUGGCGAUUUGUCGGUACUAUUCGAGGGUUGUGGCGUUGCAGAUCAAGGCGCAGCUCGAGGGUUUGGCUUGAUUGUGGAGGAAGCAAUGAUUAAUUGCAAAGCAUGCGAUUGCCUAG